AUGGCGAUUAACGAGGACAUUGAAAAUCAAGAAACCGGGGACAGAGAAGGAGCAGGUUAUUCAUCAACAACUCAGGAUGCUAUAGUGGAGGAACUUAGUCUCUCUACAGCUGAGUAUUCAGUCUUUGGAUCCAUACUGACAUUCGGUGCAAUGGUUGGUGCAAUUACCGGAGGACCAAUCGCUGAUUUUGUCGGCCGUAAAUGGACAAUGAGAAUAGCGAGCGCUCUUUGUGUAGCAGGAUGGCUUGCUAUUUACUUUGCUGAGGGAGCACUUGCUCUGGAUAUUGGAAGAUUGGCCACGGGAUGUGGAAUGGGAGUCUUUUCCUAUGUGGUACCGACAUUUAUAGCUGAAAUUACACCCAAAAAUCUCCGUGGAGCUUUGACUGCUGUCAAUCAGGCAAAGAUUUUGUAUGAACAUUCUCGGUUAAAAUUGCAAGCGUGGAGCUAUUGGCAAAAGCUUAUGAUCGUUUCUGGAGUGUCCGUUUCCUUCAUAAUCGGGACAGUAUUAGCUUGGAGGGUUUUGGCAUUAAUUGGUGUAAUCCCCUGUGCAGUCCUACUGUUCGGCCUGUUUUACAUUCCAGAGUCUCCUAGAUGGCUGGCGAAAAUGGGCCACGAAAAGGAGUUUGAAGCAGCGCUGCAGAAACUUCGAGGAAAGGAUGCGGAUAUUUCUGAAGAGGCUGCUGAAAUACAAGACUACAUUGAAACUCUUCAACUUCUCCCGAAAGCCAGCAUUCUCGAUUUAUUUCAGAGAAGAUAUCUGAGCUCUGUCAUCAUUGGUGUUGGAUUGAUGGUCGUCCAGCAGUUCGGAGGGAUAAACGGUGUCUGUUUCUAUACAAGCAAUAUUUUCGAGGAAGCAGGUUUCUGCUCCAGCGUUGGAACCAUAACUUAUGCAAUCCUCCAGGUUAUUGUCACGACUAUUGGUGCUGCACUGGUCGAUAGAGCUGGAAGAAAGCCCCUUCUCUUGAUCUCGGGGACAGGAUUGGUCCUGGGAUGCAUGGUAACUGCCCUUUCAUUCUUUCUAAAGGUUCAUGAUCUGGCAGCUGAUGCUGUCCCGAUACUUGCAGUCACCGGCAUUCUGCUAAACAUAGCAGCAUUUUCCGCUAGAAUGGGCACGGUUCCUUGGGUUGUGAUGUCCGAGAUUUUCCUCAUUAAUAUCAAAGGAGCAGCUGGAGGGUUUGCAACACUAGUAAACUGGUUCGGCGCUUGGGCAGUUUCCUACACUUUCAACUACUUAAUGAGCUGGAGCUCCUACGGUACCUUCCUUCUUUAUGCAGUGAUUAACGCCGCAGGGAUGGUGUUCAUGAUCCUGGUGGUCCCUGAAACGAAAGGGAGGAGUCUUGAGCAGAUUCAAGCAGCUAUCAACAGAGAAUGAAAAUGGCAGCACUCUUCCUUGUAGUCCCAUUUGAGCUCACAUGACACGUGCAAUACCACACAUUCGGAGAUGGAAAAUGAUUAUGAAGCAGGUAACAACAUCUUUUGUUCGAUAAAAUGACGUUACUGUUGAGAUCUGUCAGUUCAUUCGGUUUUAUUGCGGGAAAGAGAUGGGGUUAUUUUACAGGAGAGUGAGUGAUUGAUUUAUAAGAAUAAUACUUUCAAUUGCUAGUGAAAAAGCAUGUAUUGCUUUAUUUUAAUGAAUGCGAUUAUUGCAACUAUA